GUCCUCUGCUCAAAUCUCUCUCUCUCUCACUCUCUCUCAUAUUUAAUUUUUAAACGAAAUUUCAGUCAUAAAUAAAUAUUGGGCUCUUAACGAAUUCUUAGUUCUCCGGUUGUCCCUUGAUUCUGGGUCUUCGGUUUAGCUCGGAGGGGAAGUUUCAGUUAUAAUUUCUCUGCUAAAUCAAUGGCGUCGUCAAUUGGGGAUCAGAGUUCUAAUGGGAAGAAGAUGGCAAAGCAAUUAACUGGAAAGAGAGAUGACACUCCUCUUCAUUCAGCAGCUAGAGCUGGGAAUUUGGCUGAAGUAAAAAAGAUUUUAUUGGAAAAUGAUGAGGAGAAGUUGAAGGGUUUGCUGAGUAAGCAGAACCAAGCAGGGGAGACUGCUCUCUAUGUUGCUUGUGAGCAUGGAGACGUUGAUAUAGUGAAGGAAAUGGUUAAGUGUUGUAGCCUUGAGAGUGCCGGAAUUAAGGCGAAGAAUGGGUAUGAUGCGUUUCAUAUAGCGGCGAAGCAAGGGGAUUCAGAUGUUUUAAAGGAACUUCUGAAGCCCCUUCCGGAACUUGCCAUGACCGUCGACUUAUCGAACACCACAGCAUUACACACUGCUGCAGCACAAGGUCAUGUUGAGAUUGUAAAUCUCCUAUUCAAAGCUGAUUCAACUUUAGCAAAGAUUGCGAGGAGCAACGGUAAAACUGCACUGCAUUCUGCCUCGAGGAACGGGCACCUUGAAGUUGUGAAAGCUCUUAUACACAAAGAGCCUGGACUCUUGUUAAGAAAUGAUAAGAAAGGACAGAGUGCACUUCAUAUGGCAGUUAAGGGGCAUAAUCUUGAGGUCGUUGAGGAGCUGCUCAAGUGUGAGAAUUCUUUGGUCAACUUGGCAGACUCUAAGGGGACUACGGCAUUGCAUAUAGCAGCUAGAAAGUGUCGCUCUCAGGUUGUGAAGAGACUACUAGAACUUAAGGAGACUGAUAAAAAUGCCGUCAAUAAAUCAGGAGAGACAGCUCUUGACACUGCCGAACGAUCUGGAAACUCAGAAAUCCUUACUAUACUAAAUGCACAUGGCGUCCAGAGUGGGAGGACAAUCAAGCCAUUAAACCCUGCACGAGAAUUAAAGGAAAACGUAAGUGACAUAAAACACGGGGUCCACUCCCAACUCGAACACACACGGCAAACGAGGAAACGAGUCCAGGGUAUCGCAAAAAGGCUCCGGAAACUCCAUGCCGAGGGCCUAAACAACGCAAUAAACUCAACCACAGUCGUAGCUGUCCUCAUCGCAAGCGUUGCAUUUGCUGCCAUUUUCACUGUUCCUGGCCAAUAUGUUGAUUCUGAUACUCCUGGGUUCACUUUAGGGGAAGCUUAUAUUGCGCCUCAGACGUCUUUCAUGAUCUUCCUUAUAUCUGAUUCGGUGGCACUCUUCAUAUCUCUUGCUGUUGUUGUUGUACAAACUUCGGUGGUGGUUGUGGAGAGCAAGGCAAAGAAGCAGAUGAUGGCGAUUAUCAAUAAGUUAAUGUGGCUUGCUUGUGUCCUUAUGUCGGUUGCAUUUCUAGUUCUAUCUUUUAUCGUUGUCGGACAUAGUCAGAUAUGGCUUGCGAUUGGAGUUGCGAUUCUGGGGACUGUGAUUCUUGCAGCAACUAUAGGAACCAUGUGUUAUUGGGUGAUUAUGCACAGAGUGGAGGCUAAAAAGAUUAGAAGCAUUAAGAAAUCAUCGUUAAGUAGGUCUUGGUCAUGGUCUUUGACUGGAGUUUCAGAUGUGGAGUUGUUACGUACUGAGAACAAUAAGCUUUAUGCGAUAUGAGUUGAAAAAUUCAAGCCUUUUCGUGCUAUUCUAUACCGAAGUUGUAAUUACUUAUUGUACAUCUGGAACGGGUAAGUUCCAAAAGGGAUGAUAAUUCAGGAGUAACAGAGAAUAUGAUGUCCUGAAGUAUUGUAUUUGAGAUUUGAAUGAGGAGGAGGAAUGAUCUCUUCUUUAA